CUGACAACCCAUCAGCACCAGCAUCAUUUCCAAGCAUUCGGACGCACCGUUGGCGCCUCCACAGUGACACUCCACAGACGCAUCCAGGUAUUUAUCUCGACGGUUGCGGCACUUUUUGAAGCCUUUCCAAACGACACGAAACUCGCCGGUCAUCAUCAUGGCUCUGGACGGUUGUGGCCACGUCUGCAAGUAUAUCCUCAUCAUUUUCAACAUCAUCUUUGCGGUGGUGGGCUUUGCUCUCCUGGGCCUGGGCCUAUGGCUGCGAUUCAGCGACAACACCAGAAGCAUCUUUGAAAUAGAGCAGCUCAACUCCAGCGCCUUUGUCUUGGGCGUGACGGUGCUGAUAGUUCUCGGCGCAGUGAUGCUGAUUGUUGUGGUGUUCGGAGACUACGGCGCGUGCAACGAGAAGAGAUGUGCUCUGCAAGUGUUCUCUGCCCUUCUGUCCAUUAUGGCUUUAGCCGAAAUCGUCGUCGGAGUGCUCGCUUAUUCCAACAGUGACAGGGUUGGGAAUUUCAUGGGAGAGUUCUACACAAGCAUAUACACAGUGUACAUCGCCACUGGAGACCCGCCCCUCGCCGUCACCCUCACGUUCAUCCACAAAAUGCUCCACUGCUGCGGAAUCACAGGAGUCUCCUUGAUUGAAAUGGUUAAAGAGACGUGUCCCAAGCCGGAUGGUUUCUUGGAGCACAUUGCCAUGCCUAGUUGUCCCAACCUGAUCGCAAAUGCUUUUGAAAGCAAAGCAUCUCUGGUGUUGGGCCUCUUCGUUGGAACCGGAGCUCUUCUGAUCAUAGCUAUGAUUUGCAGCGCCGUGCUUACUAAACAAAUACAACGAUCUGCUUCAGCUUCUCGCCACAUCAUCCUGACUCAAACCAUUCAAGCCCCGGCUCCGGCUCCGGCUAGCCUCCCGCCCCCUCAGCAUGCCUUUGAAGCCAAACCCUACCCCUACCCCUACCCCUACCAGGACCCGGUUGUCUUCACCCCCCUCUCUGCGGUUACCCUCCCCGCGGUCCAGACUUAAGUGUGCGCUUUCACGUCUUCUGUCGUUGCUUAUCUUAUUGUGCUCCGGGAUGCUUGGGAUUUAGGAAUAGGGAUCUAACUCACUUCUUCUUGGUGUGGUCACUGCUAGCAAAAUGUCUUCAGUGGAGUUCAAAGGAAAAAAAAUCCACCCCACAACACCUUUAAAAUCAAUCAUCAACAUUAUAGCCCUGCUCAGAUCUGGUAUUAGCGUGUGUCUGGAGGGAUCAAACUCAAGAUAAGUUUAAUUCAAAAUUAGGAGGAUCUGAUCACUCACUUUUGCUUUUGUAUUAUUUUUAUUAUUAUUUCGCCCAGGACAAGUUCAGUCUGACCGUGAGUCAACAGAUAGAUGAAUACGUUAUUAAUCCUAAACAUAAUUAAUAUCACUAGAGAAAAAUCUGUGGUGAAAUUAUCAAAUUCUUGGUGAAUUAAACUCACCAAGCAGCUGAGAUGAGAAUGACAAAUGUAAUGCAAAGAAAUAUAUAUCAUUGUUUUUUAGUAACUGAGAAAGGAAAAAAAUAAGUUCUUAGCAGUCCUGGCUUUCUUUCCAGGUAAUGAUCCCACAAAACAAGGCAACUUCCAGGCAAUCACAUGUUACCAAGAAGUUUGAAUCAUUGUACAUUUCCAGUAGACGUCAGCAUGUGUGGUCCGGAUCUCCAGCGUGGUUUCUGGGUACUCAUCUGUCCAGAGACCACAUGGUCUCGGACCGAUUUUGUGAACACACACAUGGGCAUCCUGACCGUAAUGACAGACCACCUAGUCAACUCACCAUUUGCCAUUCACAAAAAACAACAAAAAACAAAAGAAUGAUCGUCAGAGAAGAGAAAAAACUAACAAGCAAACACUCAGUAUGUGUAGAUUAUAUUCCUAACGUGUUAAUUAGCCGUCUGUAGUUAAAUUGGCAUAGUCACAAAGUCAUUUUUGUUUGGGGGCCUCACGCAGCCCAAUUUGAUCUCAAGGGGGCCUGGUCCAGUAGCAUAAUAUAACAUGAUAAACUAUAAAUAAUAACAAUUCUACAGUUUUUACAUUUGUUUAGUGCAAAGAAGCAAAUUAGGAGAAUGUUUACAUUGAAUAAACUCAACGUCAAGAAGAACAUGUGUACAUGGCCGCCAUCUGUUGUUUAGUCCUGGGUCUCAGUGUUAGUAAAACAGAGCUGCCCCUAGUGGACAACAUAGGAAUAGCAGUAAAUUUUUGCACUUUGCAAGUGCAUGGUUUGGCACAGAUUAGACCAUCUGAGGGACCGGUUUUGGUCCACGGGCCGUAUGUAUUUCCUCAGUACUGAUUGGUGGAUUGUUUUUUGUUUGUUUUUUUAACUUUUGAUUAAGAGAUUUCUUUUGACUCAUUGGUUGGUUUAUGCCUUUUUUCUGCAUAUGAACGUCCCCAUUGUCCGAGUUACACUCUUCUUGCAUGACUCUUCAUGACUCUAUCAAUAGUCAGUUCAUCCAUGUCCCAGUGAGCCCUCUCAAACGAUGCGACACUCCAAUCUGACCACUUGCCAUCUGAUCCCUCAGGGCUAAUGCUAAUACCAGGUCUGAUGUUCCUCCGCUUAAAAGAAACUACUUCUGAUUUCCUCACUGAACAUUUCACACAAGCUUUUCAUGUGCACACUGAUAGCACGGGGCCUGUUCUAUUCUGUGGCUGGUUCAACCCUGUGAGGUGAUAGUGAGGAGGUCGAGCUCUUUGUCCCAUCCCCACUCUUUACUUCCCCUCCUACUUCUGUGUCCGAAUCGCAGAUCACGGCCCUGGUCUGCACCAUCGUCCUCCUGAAGCAGCUGAAGAGGACCCAUCAGCAGAUCACCACGUACUACUCCACCGUGUACUGAGAGGGGAAAAUGGGAGGUUUGCAACGGACAAAGGCCACGAAUGGAGAGUCAGCGAGGGUAUCAGUGUUUACAGUCUGUCCUGUGUAUGUGAACUCUUGAACCAUUCCUGUUUUGGUACUAAAUUUGUGUUAAAUUGCAUUUUUUGCAAAUUAGGGAACAUAUUCAGCCUUUGUUUCUCCUCCUAAAGAUCAUUUCUUUCAUUUUAAUAAUGCAGUGUUCUGUAGGUUUUGUUUUUUUUGUGUGUGUGUGUUUUUUUUAGCACUUUAAGCUUUUUUUUAAAUCCGCAUAUAAAGGAAUUUAACACUCACUGACAAAUAACACUGUGGUAAAAAUCUAAAAGGGAUCAUUUGCAUUAAAUUUCUUUCAUAAGCUUCUGUCGUAGACAAGUUCAAAUGACAGUGUUCAGUGUGCUCAUCUGGUGCCUUGUUGGGGUGUAGUAAUAAGCAAUGUUGUUCUAUACUUAGAGGUAUGCCGCUACACUGGAGUAAUGUUUAAAUUUGUAAUAUUUAUGUCCAGAAAGGCCACAGGACUGGCCAAAAAAAACCAAAAAACAUUCUGCAGGUUACAUUUAAGAGGCUGUGAAACAGAUUUUGUGUGUGAGUAUCUCAAAGGGAAUGCUCGCGAGCUGUAAGCCGUUACGUUCUGCCUUUCUAUAAAUGCUGGUGUGAUGUUGAAGAAAAGAAAAAAAAAAAAAAACACGUUUAGCUUUCAUUCCUUAUGGUUCUGUGACCACUUCAAACAUAGUGUCCUGUUUAGCGUGCAAACAGCUGAAUGCCUUGAACUGCUCGUGUAUCAUUACUUGUAGGCUUGAUUUAAUAAAAUAUUCAAAUCUUAAAA